AUGAAUGAAUCUGAAACAGUUUCUUUAGUAGAGUCAAUAGAAAUUGAAAAUAUUGAGUAUGAAACUGAAAAGGAAAUAUCUCAAAUUAAUAAUAAUAGUAUUAUAAUUUCUUGUGCAAUUAUUGAUCAUAUUGAUGGUAAUAUUAAAAAGUGUGGUUUAACAAAUAAGUUACGCAGAUUAUGGCAACUAAUUGGGAUAUGGAAAUUAGAUAUUAAUAUAGUAAUACAAGCAAAAAAGCAACUCAAAAUCUUGGUGUAUUAUGAUCCAAACACUUCUUGA